CUUCUUUUUCAGCCUCGGGGACCUAGGAGGCUCUGUGAACCUGCGGACUGGGAACGGAUAUGGCGGCCACGCUGGGCAGCGGGGAACGCUGGACAGAAGCUUACAUUGAUGCAGUUAGAAGAAACAAAUAUCCAGAAGAUAGACCUACUGAAAGUCAUGACCCCUGUGGUUGCUGCAACUGCAUGAAGGCGCAAAAGGAAAAGAACUCUGAGAAUGAGUGGAAUCAGACCCGGCAGGAGGGGAGCUCUACUUAUACAGAAGAACAGCUGCUUGGGGUACAAAGGAUCAAGAAAUGCAGAAACUACUAUGAAAUUCUGGGAGUUUCUCGAAAUGCUAGUGAUGAAGAACUUAAGAAAGCAUACAGAAAACUUGCCCUGAAAUUUCACCCUGACAAAAACUGUGCUCCUGGAGCAACAGAUGCUUUCAAAGCGAUAGGAAAUGCCUUUGCAGUCCUGAGCAAUCCUGAUAAGAGGCUCCGCUAUGAUGAAUAUGGAGAUGAGCAAGUGACUUUCACUGCACCUAGAGCCAGACCUUAUAACUAUUACAGGGACUUUGAAGCUGACAUCACUCCAGAAGAGCUAUUCAAUGUCUUCUUUGGUGGACAUUUUCCUACAGGAAAUAUUCAUAUGUUCUCAAAUGUGACAGAUGACACUCACUAUUACCGCCGGCGACACCGACAUGAGAGGACACACACACGAAAGGAAGAAGAAGAAGAUAAACCUCAGACUACAUAUUCUGCAUUUAUUCAAUUGCUUCCAGUUCUCGUGAUUGUGAUUAUAUCUGUCAUUACUCAACUUCUGGCUGCUAAUCCCCCAUAUAGUCUAUUCUAUAAAUCAACCCUAGGCUAUACCAUUUCUAGAGAAACUCAGAACCUGCAGGUGCCUUACUUUGUGGAUAAAAAUUUUGACAAGGCCUACAGAGGAGCUUCUCUUCAUGACCUGGAGAAAACAAUAGAGAAAGAUUAUAUCGAUUACAUCCAGACGAGUUGUUGGAAGGAGAAACAGCAAAAGUCGGAGUUGACAAAUUUGGCAGGAUUAUACAGAGAUGAACGGUUGAAACAGAAAGCAGAGUCGCUGAAACUUGAAAACUGUGAAAAACUUUCCAAACUUAUUGGCCUCCACAGAGGUGGUUGAGAGGAUGAUGGUCCUACACAGGGUUUGGGGUUUUGUUACUCGUUACUACUUAUGUUCCCAAGUCCAUUUUAUAAUACAAAAUUAGGAAUAAUGAA